AGAAAGACCUAUGAGAUGUACCCCCGUGUACCGAACUGUGAUCUAACCCUACUUGACCCUCCUCAACCCUACUCACGGCCAUUUUACCUUAUCUUGGAUUGGCACGUCUAAACACACAAUGGCCAACAAAUUGUUCAUUUCAUGUCUGAGACAAAAUAUUGCAAUUCACAUUCGUCAAUCAUCAUCGGUAAUACAAUUUCCAGACAAAAUUGGCAAUAGAGAUGUAGUAGGUCAUGGAUACAAUGGAGAGGAAUCAUAUAUUGAUCGUACUGACUAUCCCAUGCCUGCAAUUCGUUUUAAAGCUAAUACACCAGAUAUCAUGGCAUUAAGAGAGAAGGAAAAAGGAGAUUGGAAGAAACUGUCUAUUGACGAGAAAAAAGCAUUAUAUCGUGCUAGUUUUUGUCAAACACUUUCAGAAUUGCAAGCCCCAACAGGAGAAUGGAAGGGACAGAUUGGGAUUGUAUUUAUGGGUAUGGCCUUCAGUCUUUGGAUGUAUUAUUUCCUCAAAACAUUUGCAUAUGGACCACUACCAGAAACAUUUGAUGAGGAACACAGACUUGCUCAAUUGGAGCGUAUGCUAAUACUUGAAGUCAAUCCUAUCAGUGGAAUUAGCUCUAAAAAAUAAAUUUAUCCAGCUUGUAUUUAAAACAUAGUAUAAAAAUAUGUAUUAUAUAGGGGCACUUAUUUAAUAAACAAAAGCAAAUAAAUGAAGUGUUACCAUUAAAAUAAGUGACUUUUAAUAUAUAUGUAUAAAUGAAGACGCAAAUUGUUUUUACCAGGUA